GCCUGCCUUCAUCUGCCGAGCCCCCUCUCUCCCCAAAAUAGCAAUUGGAGAGGGGUUGAGAAUUAGCGCAAAUGGGGGAAUCCAUCAAUUUCCCGGUGGUUCUGAAAACUUGACUGGGUAUUCAUAUGGUCUCAAGUCCCCGGUUCUGGCCCAGCUCACGAGCUGGAACUUCUUCUGUCCCAUCCCAGGCACCAUUAGGUUGGUGUCUUCCGCUGUCCAGACGCUAAACUGCCAUCGUCAACCCCACUUUGGGUCAGCACCCCGAUUUACCCCGCCAACAGCUGUUAGGGCCUCACCAUGCCUUUUCCCUACAAGACAGUGCUCGUCACUGGCGCAACAUCGGGCAUUGGUGAAGCUCUCGCCGAGCGCAUGAUCGCCAGCGGUAUCUUCGUCAUUGCCGUCGGCCGCCGCAAAGAGCGCCUCGAUGCCCUCGUGGCCAAGCAUGGCGCUGACAAGGUGGCUGCCGAGCCAUUUGACGUGGGCGACCUCGACGCCAUUGAAGGCUGGGUGAAGAGGAUCACGGCAACAUAUCCAACGCUCGACUCUGUCGUCCUCAACGCCGGCUACCAGCGCACGCUCGACUUCACGAACCCGAAGUCGGUCUCGCUCAAGGCCGUCACGGCGGAGCUUCACACGAACUACCUCUCCCCACUACAAAUGUCCGCACAGUUUCUGCCGCAUCUAACAGCCCUCGGCCCUUCAACGCCGGCAUCCAUUGUGCUGGUGUCGUCGGGGCUGGCCGUGGUGCCGAUGCCGCGGUGCGCCAACUACAGCGCGAGCAAGGCCGCCGUACACAGUCUGGCCUGGUCGCUCCGCUCACAGCUGGCUGGACCUUACUCGCCGGCGACGCGACACAUCCGCGUUAUCGAGCUCGUGCCCCCGGCUGUACGCACCGAAUUGCAUACACAACAGCCCGAUCUCGUCGCCACCGGCGGCGCUGACAUUGGCGUUCCUCUCGACGACUACACCGACGAGACCUGGGCCGAGCUGACGGCUGAAGACGGCCCCGACGAGAUCGUCCACUCGGUUUUCAAAAACACCGGCCUCCCCGACAUUGAGCACAGGCGCGUGGCUGCCUUCGAUUCGUUUGUCGCUGUCAUGCGGAAACAGGGCGCAAGGUUCUGA